CUUGGUUCGUACGUUUCAACAAUUUCGGGGUAGCUUAACUUAUUCUAGAGAGAGAGAGAGAGAGAGAGCAGAAGAAGAAGAAGAGGGAAACAAGCCCCUUGCAUUUCUCAUGAACUGUGGAGUCGUGCUGGGUUUCUAUUGUUGGGGUUGGGAGUUCUUAACGGCCCUUCUUCUCUUCUCCUCAUCCCCUUGUUAUCUUCCUAAAUCUUCUUCUUAAGUCUUCUCAAUCCUUGUUAGCUAGCCUCAUCUUCUUGUUUCGAUCCAGCACAAUCCCUAGCUGUCUUAUCUCGAAGUUUCAUUCCAUCAAUGGAGGGUGUGUGUGAUCAAAAGGGUCUGUUGGAAUACGUGAGGAAGUCGAGCCCGCCGCCUUUCUUGUUGAAGACGUACAUGCUGGUGGAGGAUCCGGCAACGGACGACGUCAUAUCGUGGAACGAGGACGGGUCUGCGUUCGUGGUGUGGCAGCCGGCCGAGUUUGCCCGAGAUCUCCUCCCAACUCUCUUCAAGCACAGUAACUUCUCUAGCUUUGUCAGGCAGCUAAAUACCUACGGAUUUCGAAAAGUUGCAACAAGCCGGUGGGAGUUUUGCAACGAUAAGUUUCGAAAGGGUGAAAAGGAUCAUCUAUGUGAAAUCCGACGUAGAAAAGCAUGGGCGAACAAGCAACAGCCAAAUGCGGCGCUAGCUCAAGGCCAAGUAGCAGCAGAAGAUGAUCAGUCUGAUGAAGACCAUGAAAGGUCUUCCUCGACUUCUUCUUCGUCCGAGUACAGCUCUCUUAUUGAUGAAAACAAACGGCUAAAGAUGGAAAAUGGAGUUUUGAGCUGCGAGCUUACGAGCAUGAAAAACAAGUGCAAGGAGCUUCUCGAUUUGGUGGCCAAGUAUGGCCGGGAUUCGGAGAGAGGUAAAGAAGAAGACGACCAGAGGCCAAAGCUGUUUGGGGUGAGAUUGGAGGUUGAGGGAGAGAGGGAAAGGAAGAGAAAGAGGGCAGAGAUACUCAGUGAGAGCGCAAGCAUUUUACUAUCUCAAGCAUGCAAAUAAAAUGUUGCAUAUAAUCAAAGCAAGACUACAUAUAUGAUCUACUUAAAAUCAAGUGGCUUAUAGUUGGAGUACGUAACAUAUAUUACCAGAAUCUAUGCAUAUACGCAUGAAAUGUUUGUAUCUAGCAAGAUCUGCAAAUGUUUAUAUAUGCAUUACUUAAUUAGUAGAAUCGAUCAAAGGUGAUAUAAACAGGCACAAGCCAAUGAAAUAUCACCAGUAUUAAUCAAACAUGCUUUAUUUAUUUA